UCGGAGAGCUUACAACUCUCAGUUGGUGAACCAACCCCUUCCCCGAUAAAAAAAAAACUUAAGUGACGCAGCAUGAAGUUCACGUCGGAGCAAUAGCAGGAAAAUGGAGACCACCGAAGUAUAUCAGGUUGGCGGAGCCUACAAUGAUUCACUCCCUGCUGGAGAAAUUCUGCAGGAAGACGACACCGUCACCACCCUUUCUCUUCUUGUCAUAGGUAUCUUCUUGCUGGUACUGAUAUUCCUCUCGAUAGCCGGCAACAUCCUCGUCUGCGUCGCCAUUUACACAGACCGGGGUCUCAGAAAGAUCGGCAACCUCUUCCUCGCCUCCUUGGCUAUCGCUGACCUCUUCGUCGCCGCUCUCGUCAUGACGUUCGCCGUCGUCAACGACCUCCUAGGCUACUGGCUCUUCGGGCCGCAAUUCUGCGACACGUGGGUCGCCUUCGACGUGAUGUGCUCCACAGCAAGCAUCCUCAACCUCUGCGCCAUCUCCCUGGACCGCUACAUACACAUCAAGGAUCCCUUGAGGUAUAGCCGAUGGGUGACAAAGAGAGUGGCGAUUAUAACCAUUGCUUGCAUCUGGCUGCUGGCGGGUCUGAUAUCCUUCGUCCCGAUUUCUCUGGGCCUUCACCGCCCUCCUCAGCCUCUUGUCUACCAUUCCGGGGACGCAGAGUACCCGACCUGCGCCCUCGACUUGACGCCGACAUACGCAGUCGUCUCAUCCUGCAUCAGCUUCUACGUCCCCUGCAUCGUGAUGCUGGGGAUUUACGCCCGGCUCUACUGCUACGCGCAGAAACAUGUGAAGAACAUUAAGGCUGUGACACGACCUCUCACAUCACCCUCCCUGCCACCGAUGCACCACGUCUCAUCAUCCCCGUACCACGUAUCGGAUCAUAAAGCUGCCAUAACGGUUGGCGUGAUCAUGGGCACUUUCCUACUCUGCUGGGUCCCUUUCUUCUGCGUCAACAUCAUCGCGGCUUUCUGCAAGACCUGCAUACCGGGCAUGGCUUUCAAAAUCCUGACAUGGCUGGGCUACUCCAACUCGGCCUUCAACCCGAUCAUUUAUUCGAUAUUCAACACGGAGUUCCGAGAGGCUUUCCGACGGAUCCUCACCGCCCACUACCCGCCCUGCUGUUGCCGGGGCUACUCAUCGGUAGUCCUCAGCCUCUCCGACACAAAACCGAGGCAGGACGUCAAGCAGAACGGCCGCAAGGAUUUCCAGACGCCGAGAUCAUCCGUAGGCUCAAUACGGCAAAUCAGAGUCAAUUCUACCGAAAAAGUCAUGUUCGACAAUGAAGAAAUUUCAGCUAUAUGACUUGAUAUCCACAGCUGAGAAAAAGAUACUGAGCUGUAGAAGGUCGAAAUAACAAUAAAUCGGUUUGUUCCACAAUGACUUUAGAGGUGAAGACACAAACAUUUACAACAAUUACAAUAAUUCAAUCAAACACAUUAGAAUCCUCUCAAUCCUAUUAUUUACCCAAUCAACUAAAUAGAGAAGAUGCUUUUCUCAGCUCUAAACAUAAAUGUUUUGAAAUUUAUAAAAAAAAAAAUUAUGAACAAACCAAAACUGUACAUAUGUAAUCACUAAUAAUAUGUAUAUCUUGAACAUGGAAAUGAUAAUUUAAAAGUUGUAAACUUGUAAAUAAUAUGAUUUUUUUAUUCUAUUAAAGCGAUAAGCUCUUAUUAAAAGAGCAUUGUAAACAAAAGCAAUGAUAUAAGUAGCAAAGAGAUUCCUUUAAACACACUAUGAAGAUGUGUCAGAGGCAAGGUGGUGGCCACUUGAAUUUUUUUUUUAAUUAUAUAAAUCUAGCAGAAAAUGAGUAACUUAUUAUAAUACAAUGUAAUAAUAAACAGAGCCUGAAAUCAUUAUUCUUACAUAAAUUCAAAAAUUUAUUCUUUUUUUUAUGAAUUUUAAUAUUUGGUUAUUUUUUAAUGUAGAUAACUUAUUGAACUUUUUUUUCUUUUUUUUUUUUUUUUUUGUGGAGAUUAUUAGGACUAAAUUCAUAGAAAGGUCAGCAUGAUGGCAUGAUGUCUCAUUUUCAGCCUUCUAAGUUCACAUUGGCGGCAACGACAGGACAAAAUCAGUGAAGAUGGUAUUUGGGUGCUCAGUUAUGUGUUGAUAAAAUUUCACAUAUCCUUCUUUCACCACAUAUGGUAUAUUUUGAUCACAGUGAAGUAAGUUAUGUAUAUAUAAAGGUGAAUUGAUGAUAAUUCAUAGAACAAAAUUUUGGUGGACUUGGAUUUUUUUUUUCUCAUUAAGAGUGACUUGCCCCAGGAAAGGUGGCGCAUACUCCAAAUGGGAUGGAAAAGUGAUAGGUAUAAAAACCUUUUGUUGACGAGUGAAAAUGAAGAACUCUUGUCAAAAAGACUUUAGAAGAGGUUCACCCAAAAGUCUUUUCAAUCGAUAUGUAUUGAAUAUUUAAAUUCACUAAUUUCGUGGUCUGCUUGACCAAGUAAUAUAUUAUACUUAAU